AUGGGAAGCGACCAUGAUUCCACUAACGGGCUUUUCAAAAUCCGUCCCCGUCUCGCGGAUGUCACAAAUCGUCUGGCCAAAAGACCAUUUUCUUUAGUUCCCGGCGACGGUGAUGACUCACGGUUCACUAAGAAAAUGUGCUUAGAGGUAGAAAAUUUGGCUAAAAACAAAAUCCAAAUGCAAUUUGGAGCACUGGAUCACCCUAACAACGAGGUCUUGGUGCGCCCGAAAGAAAACCAACCCAUUUUGUUGCCAUUAUGCGACGAUACUUCAAGCUCAUUUCCGAAACCAGACUCGUCCAGUGAGGGAUUGAAGGAGCGGGAUCCUUUGUGCUUGGAGAAUUUUGAGUUUGGAGAAAAGGGUGAAGAAAUUGUCCCAACCGAUCGGGCUGUUGAAAGUGGGGACAAGGAUAUCUGUGAGAAUUUGGGAUCACCCAGAUGUGGGAUCGAGCAAAUGCCAUCGAUCUCUGUCUCUGAUGAUUCAAAUUUUCUGAGGUUGAAACCGUGCUCGGGGCAUAAUGGUGAUGGAGCAUCGAAUUCUGUUACUGAUGCUGCGGACAUUAAAUCUUGCACUUGUUCCUUUUGCUCUAAAGCUGCUUAUAUCUGGUCGGAUCUGCAUUACCAGGAUGCCAAAGGUAGACUAAGUGCUAUGAAGAAGAGUCAGAAAGAAGCAAAAAUGAUCAUUCAGAAAUUUUCUGGAUUGGAGGAUACAGUCACGCAUGGCCAGUACCGAAGUGAGGAGGCAUUAAAGUUAGAACUGUCCCUUGUGCAUCAGUGGAAGUCGCUCUUUGUUCAAAUGCAGAAUAUGUAUGCCCAAGAAAGUAGCCAGCUUGAAUCAAGCUUUGGAUCACUUAAAGAUUUGAGAGAACACUGCAAGACUGAUCUUGAGUCCAAUGACAACAGCCAUCGUGAAAAUCAUUAG